GAUGUAGAUGUAUGCGCACUUUACCUUGAAGCCCGCUUAUUACUACACUAUGCUAGCCCAGCCCCUCGACUAAAAUGUCAAAGUAAUAAACUUCUCGAACGGCCCACCAGUCCAUAUGUCUUCAUCCACCAGUCCAUCAGUCCAUCAGUCCAUGGCCUUCUCCACCCAAUUCCAAGCCCAAACCCAAACCCAAACCCUCUCGACCCUCUCGACCCUCACUAUCUUCUAGAGUUUCGCAAGCUUUCGUUCUAGCUACAUUUCCGCUGGAAAGCCCACCAGGUGGUCGUAAUAUACGGAGUACAUUCAAUCCAAUCCACUUUUGUAUUUUCUUCCCUUUCAUGCUUCAUGCUUCAUGCUUCAUGCCGCACACUUCACAUAGAUUUUACAAUUUAUUCUUUUAAUUGAAGGGCUGAUUCAAUAUACAAUACACUCUUGUGUGGUUCAAGAAAAAGGACUCGAGGAACCAGAACACCCUGCUUGCUUUUACCUCGAGGAACUUGGAUCAACUUUGUCCCAAGAACAACAUCUUCGCACACUCACUCACACACACACAAUCUGGAGAAAACAAAACGAGACCAUACUAAUAAAUAACUUAUUUGCUGUUGUUGGCUUGACUCUCUGUCUACUUUAUCCCAAGAACAUCUUCCCGCUCGAAUUCACGCAAUCUCAACAAAUAACUACGAAAUAACUGCGAAAGCUGUCGGCGCGCACCAUUCCUCUACAUGAAAUCUCAACAAUAUCCACGAAACUUCUCUAAACCACUAAUUUCUCAAUUGUAAAGGAAUAUCCCUAUUCGAUCUACCUCCUCCAAUACCGAAUAAAUACAAGAAUCUCUAUUGAGCGACAUACAACAACCUCAAGUCUCCAUAUCCGUUCUAGGCGGAUUUCCCGCCGACUUACCCUCCAUGAUGGAUCAAGCCGGGCAUGCUCUCCUGGCUGCGAACCUCAUAUAUGCUAGAGCAAAUACGACAAAUGGCACAACCACUGCAGAUGCGGACACGGAAGUUCGACCACCUAUAUAUAAAGCAAUUGGAAUUUCAUUGGCGGUGGCUUCGGGAGUAUUCAUCGGAAUAUCUUUUGUUUUGAAGAAGAUUGGAUUAUUGAGAGCCAAUGAGAAAUACAAUGAAGAAGCAGGAGAAGGAUAUGCGUACCUUAAGAAUGCCUUGUGGUGGUCUGGUAUGACUCUCAUGAUUCUUGGAGAAAUUUGCAAUUUUGUUGCAUAUGCAUUUGUUGAUGCAAUUUUGGUCACUCCGCUUGGCGCACUCAGUGUCGUCAUUACCACUAUCCUGUCCGCAAUUUUCCUCAAGGAGCGACUGAGUAUGGUCGGAAAAGUUGGAUGUUUUCUCUGCAUUGUUGGAUCUGUGGUUAUUGUCAUGAAUGCGCCAGCGGAAGCUUCGGCAGCGACCAUUCAAGAAAUGCAACAUUUUGUGAUUGCUCCAGGGUUUCUAAGUUACGCCGGCGUCAUCAUCAUUGGAUGUACCUUUCUUGGAUUUUGGGCUGGGCCACGAUACGGAAAGAAAUCCAUGCUUGUGUAUUUGUCAAUCUGCAGUUUGAUUGGAGGACUUAGUGUUGUUGCGACACAAGGUUUGGGAGCUGCAAUUGUUACUCAAAUUGGUGGUACAAAACAGUACAAUCAGUGGUUCUUAUACGUUUUAUUCGUCUUCGUCGUCUGCACGCUUUUAACGGAGAUCAUAUAUUUAAACAAAGCACUUAACAUUUACAAUGCGGCAUUGGUAACUCCUACAUAUUAUGUUAUGUUUACGAGUUCUACCAUUGUUACUUCAGCCAUUUUAUUUAGAGGAUUCAAAGGAACUCCAACCUCUAUAAUUACGGUCGUCAUGGGUUUCCUGGUUAUUUGUUCUGGGGUCGUCCUUCUUCAACUAUCGAAAUCAGCCAAAGAUGUUCCAGAUGCUGCUAUUUUCGCUGGUGACCUCGACCAAAUGCGCAUUAUUGCCGAACAAGAGCAACCAGAAACGGAGCCAAAGGCAGAUGCCAUUAGAGGAACAGCUGCCAUUGUGAGAAAAUUCUCUUCAGCUAGACACAAGAUGGAAAUGGAGGAAGCCAAGCGACUUCAUGAAGAGUCUCACUUGCAGCCACUUGGUGAAGAUGAAAUUGUUGAAUGGGAUGGUCUCCGAAGACGUAGAACUACGAUUGGUUCGAACUACAGCGCGAGUAUGAGAUCUCGUGCUAAUUCAUCUGUUCCUCCUUUACCCGAAAACAUGCAACAUCCAACUCACAGAGCAACUCUUCCUAGAACACCUAUUGCUCACCCACCUCUCGGUAUGUCUCAUUUCCCGGAUCCAGAAGAAGACCGCGACGAAGAAGAUCGCCCCGGUACUGGUCUUAGUUCUUCCAUCUUUGGCACUAUUCGCAACCGUGUAGCUCGUGGAAAAUCUCUGUCUUCGGGCACAAAUCCUGUUGUCAACCUACAAAGUCCUACCCGCCCCGUUCCCUUGACCGACAUUCGUACCUACAGAGGUGGUGAUGGCAAUAUUUACAAAAGCGAGAAUAGCGAUGAAGCUUACUAUAUUCAUGAUGAUAACACUUCGGGUUUACCACCCGCUUUACGCGAUCAGAAGACUGAGUACACUGGUUCGGGAGGUAGACAUAUUACUAUUGCAGAAGAUCUAGUCCGUCCGAUCUCCAGAGCCAGUAAUCUAGUUCCACCUACACCCCCACCUCACUCUGCCAAGAGACAAUUUUCAUUCCAGAAUGUUUUCAGAAAGGGUGGAGGACCACAACAUGCUGACGGACCUCCACAAGAAGUCCGUUCACCUGAUAGAAAACGUAUGGGUUCUCGACAUGGAAGUGACGAGAUUGUUAAGGGUGCAACUGAAGAAGAAAGAUUAGGACUCGUCAAAGGCGAUACUAGAACACAAAGUCCAUCUGGUACAUCUAGUGCUCCAUCAUUCGAAGAAGAAGAAGAAGAAUUAGAACCGUGGAGUUCUGAAAUCAAGGGAUAUAGAAGAAAUCGUUCUCCUCCCCGAAGAGAUCCUGCGUUGGGAGAGAAAGGUUCGUUUCUCUAGGGAAUACAAAGAUGGAAAUAUGGGAUAUGAUGGAAUGAUAUGAAUCAUGUGGAGUUUUGGCGUUUGCGAAUACCUAAGAAAGUUUUUCUUCCUGGCAUUAUUAUUUGAUUGGUUGACUGGAUGGGCGGGUGGAUUAUUAUUACUGCAAGUGUAUAAUCACAAGCUUUGUAUAUUGAAGAAAAAUGAAGUGGGACUUGCCUAGAAGGCAAUUUGGAUUAUGGAAGGAGGAUAGAAGAUAAAUGGAAUUAUUCGAGGAAUUGACUUGGUGAUGGAAGAAGGACCUAAGAUACCUACCUAGAAACUAUUAUGGACUUGGUUGCAAUCGUACCUAGGGACCUCUUCUUACCUAUGACUGAUAUCUAUCUAUUCAUUGACGUACCUAUGAUGUGAUGGAAUUCUUUGAAUUAUAUGUACA